AUGGCCAAAUCAUCCUCAUCACACCAUCAAGACGCCAUAAAAGGACUAUGGAAAAGUGUAGUUCCUCACCGUGUCGAGAUAUUUGCGUGGCUUGCCAUCUUGGGCAAAAUAAAUACCAGAUUAAAGCUGGCCAAUAUAGGCAUCAUCCCUAUCAAUGAAGCCCAAUGCAUUUUGUGUGGCUUAUGUCCAGAAGAUUGCAGCCAUCUACUCAUUCAUUGCCCCCUCUCAUGGCAGCUUUGGUGUUGGUGGCUCAAUCUGUGGGGUAUCCAAUGGUCCCUUCCAUCUAACCUUCGUGACACUUUCAAUCAAUGGGCACACCCCCAUCACGGAGCUUUCUUCAAAAAGGUAUGGCUGGCCAGUUUUUUCAUCAUUAUAUGGACAAUAUGGAAAGAGAGAAACAACAGAAUAUUCCAAAACUCAUCAAUGUCACUACCCCAGUUGCAAGACUUGGUCCUCCUUCGACUUAGCUGGUGGAUUAAAGGUUGGGAAGAUCCAUUUCCAUACAGCCCAGUCGAUGUUGUUCGUUCCCCAGCUUGCCUCCAAUGGACAACUCCCCGAUCGCGUGAAGCUACUGCCACAAACCCCCCUCCAUUGCCCUCAUGGUGUCCUCCACCAACGAUGGUUCUAAAAUGGAACGUGGAUGCCUCUUUCAACCCUAUAUUGCAGAAAUCAGCUAUUGGUGGGGUACUUCAGGACUCUCUUGGACAUUUUAAGUGUAUGUUUUCAUCACCUAUUCCAUUAAUGGAAAUCAAUGCUGCUGAGGUGUUUGCCAUACAUAGGGCAAUUAAAAUCUCAUUGAGUUGCUUCCAAAUACAAGACCAUUCCUUGAUCAUCGAGUCAGACUCAGCAAACGCGGUAAAAUGGUGUACCAAUAAGAAAGGAGGGCCGUGGAACCUAAACUUUGUGCUGAAUUUUAUCAGAAACGCAUCCGGUAAUGACUCACAUAUUUCCAUAACUCACAGAGGUCGAGCCUCAAACAAUGUCGCGGACGCUCUUGCAAAACAAGGCCUGUGUAGAGAUGAUGAUUUUUUAGCAUGGUUGUAG